AUGCGCUUCACCUCACUCGCUGUCUUUUUUGCAGUUGCUCUUGUAGCAUCAAGCAGUGUACUUCGUGAAAAGAGACAGUGUGGAUGUGCUCAGCCACAGCAGAGCCAAUGCUCGUGCCAACAAGUUCAACAGACUCAAACUUGCUCGUGCCAAUCUGCUCCAGUACAACAACAAGCUCCAUCCUGCUCUUGCGCUCAACCACAACAAGUUCAGGCUGUCCAGGUUCAAUCCUCAAACUGUGCCCCAGCUUGCCAACAAAGUUGCACCCAACAGUGCCAAUCUGCUCCAUCCGUGUCUCAGUGUCAGCCAGUGUGCCAACAACAAUGCCAAUCCCAAUGCACCCCAAUGUACAACCCACCUACGACCACCACCACUACUCCAUCUCCAGUUGUCCAAUGCCAACCAAUGUGUCAGCAACAAUGCCAAUCCACCUGUGUCCAACAGCAGCAACCUGUAGCUCAGUGCCAACCACAAUGCCAACAACAAUGCAAUGUUGCCUGCGAAGCUCCAACCACUACAACUUCUGCUCCACAAGUGAUUCAAAUCCCACUCGAGAUCCAACAAUCUCAAGCUCAAUGUCAGCCAGCCUGCCAACAACAAUGCCAGUCAACCUGUGUCCAGCAACAACAACCAUCCAACCAAUGUGCAUCCGCCUGUGAUACUCAAUGCUCGAAUGUCUGCCAACAAACAGCUCAAGCCACCCAACAAGUCAUCUAUGGACAGAAUACCAACACCCAGAUGUAUGACCCAUACAACAAUCAAGGAAACCAACAACAGUGCGCUCCAGCAUGUCAACCAGCUUGUGACAACUCCUGCAUUCAACAAACUGCUGCUCCAGUGUACAACCCAACCACAACUGCUGCUCCAAAAGUUGUCCAAAUUGUGCUCCAAGCCUCUGUUGCUCAAUCUGCUCAGUGUGCUCCACAGUGUGAGCAAUCCUGCCAACAACAAUGCGUCCAACAACAACAACCAGUUUCUCAAUGUCAAACUGCUUGCCAAUCAUCUUGCUCCACAUCCUGCCAAGCUGCUCAACCAGCUACUGUUGCUUGCCAACAAGCUCCACAAACCAAUCAGUGCUCAUGUCAAGCCAAUUAUUCUCCAUGUGGAAACGGACAAUGCUGCCGCAGAAAAUAA